UCACUUGUUUAAAAGAUGAUAAUAAAUGUUUAAAAUAUGAUAAUAAAUGUGUAGAGUUUGCUAGUAAUAAUAUUAAUUGAAAAUGAGUGCUGAUGACUUCUUAGCAGAUAAUAAUCCUUGUGGGACCUAUCUCUUGAAAUUAGUUUCCAGGGGUAAUGCAAUUAUAGCUGAAUUACUUAGGUUAAAAGAUUAUAUACCACCAGUGUUCAAGUGGGACAAGAAACAAGACCAAAUCAAGUAUGCAGACAUUGUGUCAGACUUUUCAUAUUUUGAAAAGUUGGAUGAGUUUGAUAAGAAGAUUGAAAAUGAUAUGACCCUCCAGGAUCUAGAUGACGAGUUCAGAGAGGGUCAUAUCGACAUUCUGGAAAGAUUCUACAACGCGUUUGAGAGCAUACAAAAGUAUGCAUCCGAUUUGAAUGGGUACAUUGAAGAUCUCGAGGAAGGUGUCUACAUUCAGCAAACUCUGGAAUCGGUUAUACUCUGUGAAGAGGGUAAACAACUCUUGUGUGAGUCAGUGCACCUGUACGGAGUGAUGUUGAUAGUGGUGGACCUUCACAUUAGUGGCGACAUCCGAGAGCGCCUGCUUGUGUCCUACUACCGCUAUUCGGCGCAGAGGGCCAGCAGCAGCCAUAUUGAUGACGUAUGCAAACUUCUCCGGUCCACUGGAUUCUCAAUGGGCAAACGGCCACCUAAUUAUCCUGAAGACUAUUUUCGUCGCACCCCCCUCAAAGACGACCUAAUCGACUUAGUGAUCGGCCGCCUGCGUUCGGAUGACAUCUACAACCAGAUGUCGGCCUACCCUCACCCCGACCACAGGAGCACCGCCCUCGCCAACCAGGCGGCCAUGUUGCACGUCUGCCUCUACUUCCAGCCGCAGACUCUGCACAACCAGCAGGCGCGCAUGCGCGAGACCAUCGACAAGUUCUUCAACAACAACUGGGUAAUAAGCAUCUACAUGGGUCUAACAGUGAACCUGGUUGAUGCGUGGGAGCCUUACAAGGCAGCCAGGCAAGCAUUGGCCAAUACACUGCAGCUUGACAAUAUUAAACGAGAAGCUAGCGAGUACCUCAGACAACUAGAGCAACUCAUUGAAACUCUCCAGCAUAAACUGAAAGCCGGUGGCAUAAACAAAAUGAAUGUUUUGGAGCAUAUAAAUAAGGAUAUAAAUUUAGUGAGAAAGUGCAAUGUAACUCUGAGAUGGUUGAUGCUUCAUACUACAAGCUCCUAUAGUGUUAUGGAGGGCACAAAAAAGAGCAAACAAAUCCGAGAUAUGGUAAUGGAGGUCAUACAGAAUAAUUCGCGUAUUUUUCAAUUACUGUUGGAUACUUCAGAGUUUGAGCUUGAGAUCAAGGAACUGUUCAAAGUGUUAUUGCAAGAAAGAGAAAGUGAAUGGGAGAAAUGCAAAACUGGUAGCAUUGAAAGAAUGAAAGAGCUGUCUGAUGUUUUUUCUGGAGCGAAAUCCCUGGCCAGAGUGGAGCAAAAUGAAAAUCUUCAAAAGUGGUUCGCUGAAAUAUCAAACCAAAUUGACAUUAUGAAGUUGGAAGAGCCGGUGGAGUCCAAUAAUAAAAUUGUCAGGCUGAUUCAGGCUUUGGAUGAGGUACAAGGUUUCCACCAGCUCACCAGCAAUCAUAUGGUGACCCAGUUGCUGUCGGAAACUCGAAAACUGCUGCACCAAAUGGUGCACGGCAACAACAUAAAAGAAUCGGUUCUCAUUAACUUGCAGAUAAUCGGCGAUUUCAGCUACGCGUGGAAGAUCAUCGAAACGUACACUGCGCAGAUGCAGACCAGCAUUAAGCAUGAGCCGUCGCUGGUGUCCAAGUUGAGAGCUACUUUCUUGAAGUUAUCGUCAGCGAUGGAGAUCCCUCUGAUGCGCAUCAACCAGGCUGGUAGCCUUGACCUAGUCUCAGUGUCACACUACUACAGCCAUGAGUUGGUCGCCUACAUACGGCGGGUGGUGCAUAUCAUACCUGAGUCCAUGUUCGCAAAAAUGGCCGACAUUGUCAGGCUGCAGACGCAUGUCAUCAGAGAACUGCCCACGCGGUUAGACAAGGAUAAACUGAAGGAGUAUGCGCAGCUCGAGGAGAGGAUGAAGGUGGCAAAACUGACCCAUCAAGUGUCAGUGUUCACAGAAGGUGUGCUGCGCAUGAAGAGCACUCUGGUGGGAAUUGUGCGCAUCGAUCCCAAACAGCUGCUAGAGGACGGAAUCAGGAAGGAGCUCGUCUACCAUCUGGCCACGGCGCUACACAACAACCUCACUUUCAACCCCAAGUCAAAGGCUAGUGAACUGGGUGACAAACUGAAUCAAUUAGCUGCAAUCAUGGAUGGACAUCGAAGGUCCUUUGAAUACAUACAAGACUACAUUGGCAUUUAUGGACUGAAAAUUUGGAGCACAGUGUACGCAGAAUCGGCGGUGGCCUGGUUCGACCAGCGAACGCAGAAGGAGGUGGUCAACUUGAAGUUCUUUGGCACGAUUCAGCGGGCAGUGAGCACGUGUGGCCUGACCGGUCUCGACCGCCUCAUCUGCUUCAUGAUUGUCACCGAGAUGCACAACUUCAUGAACCUCCUACAGAAGAAGGUGUUGCGGGAGAAGGCCUGGCUGGAAGCCAUGUCCGAGAUCGCCAAGGCGUUGAGUCCUAACUUCCUCAAUAUUGGAAACCCGGGCAAAACGUACUUGCAACUGGUGAACCGGUGCAUGAACUUACACCGCAUUUGGCCGCAAUACUUGGACUGUGUGUUGCGUGUGGGGCAGUUGCAAUUGCUCAGGAAACAUAUUUUCUAUCAGCUCAACACAUCAUGCAAGUUUGAGUCAAAACAUCUCGCCGCUGCCUUGGAAACGCUGAAUGAGUCACUGAUGAACGACAUCAAGCAUCAGCACAAGGAUGAGAAAGCGGGCGAAGCGAGCCUGCUGGCAACUGAGUUGACCGCCUACCUGGACUGGGCGGGCAUAGGGGAACCUCUCUCCAAGAUCUACCUGACCACCCGGAAUCCGCCCUACUUCUCUCUCAUGUCGUUCCUCUUUGUCAUCUCCCAGCUUUCCAGAAUGCAGUUUGUCACCAAUAUUGGUAAUCUAGUAUGGAAAAAGACAGGCGAACCUUUGGACGGUGUACCGUUCGUAGUGGGUCUGCAGACACUCUUCAGACACUUACAUCCACAGGUCAGGUCUCAGUUACUGCUCUACCUGGGCCAGUAUGUCAACUCCCAUAUAAAUGCAUCUGUCAGCUCCGGAAACAAAGUGACUGAUUUAUCUUCCGAGGUGACAGUAACUAUCGCUUUUCUGAAAAGCUUUUGUUCCUACUCUGGUCUGCCAAGGACUGCCAUCACUGAACACAUUCCUGACCCUAUCAUCGAUUUAUUCUCCAAUGGUUUCAAUAUUAUUUAGAAUUAUUUUUGUUGUUAAAUUAUUUUUUGUUAGGCCCAUUCGAUGCUUCAAUUAUUAUUUUAAAUAAUGUAUGUUAUCUUAU